GAGUACUUUCUCUGCAGGUCACCGUCGCCGCCGUCUCUUCUGUUGUAUCCUGUUGCCGUCGCAAGUCAACUUGCCUUUUUCAGCACAUGUGACUUGCUUUUCUUUCUUCUUUAACUACCACCAUGCCGGUAUCUGAAAUCGACGACAUCUUUGCAGCAAAGACACUACCGCGCCUUCCUGCUACUUCCUCGUCGUCCUCGUCGACCACGAAGAAAAGUAAAAAGCGCCGCAGAGACCAUUCUACUGACGACCACCACGAACCACCCCCCAAGAAACGUGUUCCCGAGACGGUCAUCGAUCCUUCUUCUACUGUAUCCGCCCCUAAACGCAUAAAGCAGACCAAGGGUAGUGAUAGAUCAAAGAUUAAGCCAUUCAAAUCGGAGAAAGACGCCAAAGGCGAUGAGGAGCGCUUUAAAGAUUCCAGAGGUUCUGGACCUCGACGUAAAACUGAGGAAGGUUGGUCCGUAUAUAAAGAAGACGAGCUUGGAAUGACUAAUGAAGGAGGAGAUACCCCUUUGUGCCCUUUUGACUGUGACUGCUGCUUUUGAAUGAAAUCGAUAUACCCCAUUGACUCCAUACGCCGGUUCUUACUUCCGUCCGGCUCCUUCGAAGCCUCGCAAAGAGCAGUCAUUGCGUUGAUUUGUCGAGGUCAAAAGGUAGCCAAAAUCAAUAUCUUCUUCCAGUCCUACCUAGAGAUCAUCUUCGGAAGGCUAUAGGGAACCUAUCAUUGGU